AUGUUUCCACCGACCCCACUCUCUUUCCUCUGCGCACUCCUCCUCUGCCUCCCCCUCGCCGCCAUCUUCACCUUCACCACACCUUCCACUAUCUCCGCCGUCACUUCCGUCGGCGGCGCCGCCCCGCCACUCCCCAACCCAUCUUCUCCGACGAAUACAACCUUAAUUAUUAAAACACUAUCAGCAGAGCCUCAAUCGAUCAAGAACCGCACCGCCGCCGCCGCGGAGAAGGACGACGAGGAUGAUGUGUCACUCCUCAGCCUCGCCUCCCGGGUCAACCCGAGCCCAAAGCCCGCGAAGAAGCUGGCCUUCAUGUUCCUCACCACAUCAUCACUCCCACUCGCGCCCCUCUGGGAGUUGUACUUCGCACGUGUCCCCAGGAGCCUGUACAACAUCUACGUCCACGCUGACCCGCGCGUCAACUUCACGGAAGCGUUCUCCGGCGUUUUUGCCGGCCGGGCCAUCCCAUCCAAGCCCACCCGCCGCCACAGCGCCACCCUCAUCUCGGCGGCGCGCAGGCUGCUCGCCCACGCGCUCCUCCACGACGCGUCCAACGCAGUAUUCGUCCUCCUCUCGCCGUCGUGCGUCCCCCUGCGAUCCUUCCGUUACACGCGCCGCGUCCUGGUGAGUUCCCGGCGGAGCUUCAUCGAGAUACUGAGGGACGAGCCCGGGGCACGGGAUCGGUGGGCGGCGCGUGGGGAGGAGGCGAUGCUCCCGGAGGUGGCGUUCGCGGACUUCCGGAUCGGGUCGCAGUUCUGGGCGCUGCGACGGAGGCACGCGCGGGCGGUCGUGCGGGACACGCGGAUUUGGUCGAAGUUCAGGCAGCCCUGCCGGGAGGACGCCACGUGUUACCCGGAGGAGCACUACUUCCCGACGCUGCUGAACAUGGUGGACCCGUCGGGGUGCGUGCCCUGCACGCUCACCCACGUGGACUGGAAGGGAGGUCACGGGGGACACCCGCGGACGUACGGGGCGGAUGAAGUGGGCCGGGAGCUGUUAAUGGGCCUUAGGAAGAGUAGGCCUAGAUACGGGGAUGAGGACAGGGGCGGGCCAAACGCGACUGUGGGUUUCAGGAAGAGGGCCGACCCAUUUCUGUUUGCUAGAAAAUUCUCGCCGGGCUCAUUGCACCGCUUGAUGGGCAUAGCCAAUGACCUGCUCUUCAAAGGUUGA